AUGGUCAUGGCUACAAUUCAGUUCCAGUCCACAACUUUGGAUGCCAAUUUCUAUGUUGCCAAGGGAACCGGUGGAAAUCUCUUAGGUUGCCAAACAGCCGAACAGUUAGGAAUUUUAAAGAUAACCAUUAACACAGCAGUUAGCUCUUACAACGCUCGCAUUGAAGAUGAGUUCCCGAAUUUGUUCGGUAGUAUUGGGAAGAUAAAGAACACCCAAGUCCAGUUACAUAUCGACACCGAUGUUACACCCAAACAGCAAAAACAUUGUCGCAUUCCAUUCCACAUCCGAAAGGACGUUGAAAAGGAACUCCAGCAUUUAGAAGACCUUGAUAUCAUUGAGCAAGUUGAUGGUCCGACACCAUGGGUCAGCCCAAUCGUUGUGGUACCCAAGAAAACUGGAGAGAUCCGAUUAUGUGUGGACAUGCGUGAAGCGAAUAAAGCAGUGCAAAGAGAAAAACACCCCAUGCCAACUGUCGACGAGUUAAUCACAGACCUCAAUGGUGCCACAGUGUUUAGCACCCUAGAUCUUGCCUCAGGUUACCACCAACUGGAGUUACACCCUGAAUCCCGCCAUAUCACAACCUUUACCACUCACGUUGGACUUCGACGUUACAAGCGACUAAUGUUCGGCAUUAACGCAGCCUCGGAGAUAUUUCAGAAUGCAAUUGCAAACCUACUGGUUGGGUUACCUGGUUGUAAGAAUAUUUCGGACGACAUCAUCGUCUAUGGUCGAGAUGACAAAGAACAUGAUGAGAACUUACGAGGCGUGUUAAACCGCUUACAAGACAACAACGCCAAAUUAAACGGUGAGAAAUGUUCCUUCCGUCAGCACCAAGUAGUAUUCUUUGGGCACACAUUCAGCGCAAGUGGAGUUCAGGCAGACCCAAAGAAGAUCGACAUAAUCCGGAAUAUGCAACCUCCAAGAAAUGUCAGCGAAGUCAAGUCCCUUCUCGGAAUGACACAGUACGUAUCUCGGUUUAUUCCCAACUAUGCCUCCAUCACAACACCCUUGCGUACCCUGACCCACCAGAACGCCAAAUGGCAAUGGCAAGCGGAACAAGAGAAUGCUCUGAAAAAACUUCAACACGAGCUUACGAAUGAUCCUGUUAUGGCUUACUUCGACCCUUCGAAACCAACCAUCGUCAUUGUUGAUGCCAGCCCUUCGGGUUUAGGAGCACUGCUUACUCAAGAAGGCAGAGUUAUCAGUUAUGCAAGUCGUGCACUUUCCAGUGUAGAAUCCCGCUAUUCACAAACUGAACGCGAGAUGUUAGCCGUUAUAUGGGCUAUCGAACACUAUCAUCUUUACCUGUAUGGCGCUAAGUUUAUUGUCAUCACCGACCACAAGCCGCUACUCGGAAUCUUCAAAAGUCAGAAACCGACUUCAGCGAGAAUCGACCGCUGGAAACUAAGACUGAUGCCCUAUGAUUGCGAAGUUGUUUACAAACCAGGGAAAGAUGCAGAAAACCCUGCCGACUUUCUCAGCCGUCACCCCAACCCUGUUGUUUCUUCGCCCACCGACAACACCACCGAAGCCUAUAUCAACUAUUUGUGCAUCAACCUCAUCCCCAAAGCUAUGAAACUCGACGAAGUGAAGAAAGAAACUGCUAACGACCCAGUCCUUUGCAAGCUUUCUGAAGCAAUCACACACAACCGAUGGCUCGAUCCUGAAGUGAAACCGUUCGUUAACGUAAAGGACGAACUGUCUGUCUGCAAUGGAUUAAUCGUCAGAAACCACCGCCUGGUGCUACCUCAUUCACUGCAGAGCCAAGCCAUAGAUCUUGCACACGUAGGCCACCAAGGCAUAGUCAAAACGAAAAUGCUACUUCGUGAAAAGGUCUGGUUCCCCUCCAUAGAUAAGAUGGUGGAACAGAAAGUCAAGACGUGCCUGCCGUGCCAAGCAGCAACCACAGGUACUUAUCGACAUCCAGAACCCUUGAUCAUGACACCGCUGCCCGACGCACCAUGGCAAGAUGUUGCUGUCGACUUUGUUGGUCCGUUCCCAUCAGGUGAGCUGCUACUCGUUGCCAUCGACGAAUUUAGCCGAUUCCCCGAAGUAGAAAUUGUCACCACUACGAGCGCAAAAGCUGUCAUCCCAAAGCUGGAUAACAUAUUUUCCCGCCAAGGUGUUCCUGUUGUUCUUAAAAGUGAUAAUGGUCCGCCAUUUAACAGCUCGGAAUUUGAACAAUUUGCCAGUUACCUUGGUUUCGAACAUCGCAAAGUCACUCCGUAUUGGCCAAAGGCGAAUGGAGAAGUGGAACGGUUUAUGCGCACCAUUGAAAAAGCCAUACGUACAGCACACAUCGAAAAGAAGAACUGGAAACAAGCCUUGUAUCAAUUUCUCCGCCAGUACAGAGCCACACCGCACAGCACGACGAAUGUGUCACCAUCCGAGGCCCUGAACAAUCGAAAGUUGAAGAUACCACUUCCGAGUAUUCCAAAAACUCAGCAACAAGAAACCCAAGAUCCAAUGCGAAAACGAGAUCAAGAAAAGAAAGAAAAGAUGAAGAAAUACUCAGAUCAUCGACAACACUCGAGAACAACUGAUCUGAAGAUAGGAGACACAGUCCUGAUCCGCCAACCAAAGAAGAACAAGCUUACCCCACCAUUUAACCCCAAACCAUUCACUGUUGAAGCUCGGAAAGGAACUAUGGUUACCGUCAAACGUGGUUCGAAGAAGAUAACACGCAACAUAUCCUUUUUCAAAAAGAUUGAUAAUCGUGUAACGGAUAGUUCAGAUGACGAAGAUGAUGACGAUUUUGAUUGCGACCGAACCAACGAAGACCAACUCAAUCAAGAACCUGUUCAUUUACGAAGAUCCCAGCGAGAAAGAAGACAACCAAAUAGACUUGGAUUUUGAACAUUGAACUAUCAAUGACUAUAGACACAUAUUGCAUGUUAUUAACAGUUGAAAUUUGUUUCAGUUUAAAUUCCUAUUGUCGUUUCGGGCAGAGGAGACAUUUUGAAUAACAUAACGUGAAGAACAGAGAACCUAUACUAAUGUGGGGAGGGAUGUAAUAUAGCUAAUUAAUAUGCUAAUAACUAAUCCAAAUAAGAAUAACUAAUCAGUAUUCAAUAUAUAGUUCACAAACACUAUAACACGCGUUUAUCUCGUUUUAUUGAGUCUUAAACACUACA